UACGUAUACCUGGGAAAAAUGUCGGCGCGCUCGAACAAGAAGAACAAGUACAAACUGGUGCACAGACGGCCACGGCAGGUUCUCUGUAAGGAACAGAAAUAUCAUCAAGAGAGGGACAAGUCGGAUGACGCGUGUGAGACAGAAUCCAUGGAGGACGACCCGGUUGUGCCGUCGAUUACGUUCCCCGUGGCUAUGUGGGACCUGAAGCACUGUGACCGCAAGAAAUGCUCCGGCAAGAAAUUGAUGAGGCAUGGCUUGGUAAAGACGUUGAGAUUAGGAGCUCGAUUUUCAGGCUUAGUACUUACCCCAGUUGGCACCAAGUGUGUGAGUCCGACAGACCGCGAGAUCAUACAGGAAUAUGGUUGCGCGGUUGUGGAUUGCAGCUGGGCGCGUCUCGAUGAGACUCCCUUCAACAGGAUGAGAACGCCCAAUCCACGUCUACUGCCAUUCUUUGUUGCUGCCAAUCCUGUGAAUUAUGGGAAACCUUGUCAACUGAGUUGCGUAGAGGCUAUAGCAGCCGCUUUAACCAUAACAGGAUUUCGAGAUGAAGCUGCACUGUUUCUUGGAAAGUUUACAUGGGGACAUUCGUUUCUAGAGCUGAACAGUGAACUGCUGGAAAGAUAUGCUCUUUGCAAAAAUAGUGAGGAAGUGAUUGCGGUACAAGAGAAGUAUUUGGAGGAGGCAUGGCAUGAGAAAUCAAUUAGACACACACUUCCUGAUUUUCCACCAAGUGAUACUGAGUCUGAAGAAGAAGAAGAGGAGACAAAGAAAGAUGAAAAUCCGGUGUCAGAAGUGAUCAAAGAAUUAGACAAUACAAAGAUAUAGAGCAUACAAUAUUGAUUAGAGGCACUUGAUAAGUACUUGUAUAUAUUUAGACAUCUUAUAUAUUUCAAGUGAUAUUUUGUUAAGCUAGUGCUUAUAUUACAGAUUUGUAAUAUAUUAUGAUCAAGUAAGGUGAGAAAAUUGACUUUUAUUCAAUUUAUAUUUCCCUAUAUAUAGCUUGUAUGUUCUGCGUACCGUAUUAUUUCAUAAAGUAGAACUACACAAUAUGUAUAAACCUCACGCAUAAAGCAUAUAUUUUACAUGCUUAUAAAUAAGGUGAAUGUCUCAAUUAGUGAUAACUACUCCCUUAAUAAAACUAAUAUGGGCCCAUAUUUGACCCCAAACUUGUGCUCUU